UAAAUUUCAAGGCUUACGGCCAUGUGUUUCAAGUGUUUGUUGGGGGGAAGGGAGGUCUAUGAAACUUGGCCAGAGGGUGUGUGGGCAAGUUAUGAUUGAAUUUCGAGCUGCUUUUGUGGGCCCCUAGUUUGUCUGUCCACUAACAUGAGUAGUUGCUUCUAAUGGGAAAAGUUUUAGCCCAACAAAAGGAUGGUGCGAAGAAUCGGGAUUUUCAGAGAGCCCUUGAAAGUCCAUGUGUAGUGGUUAACUUUAGGUGGAAAAAUGUUAGCGCAGGUAGUUGGAGUCAGACCAUAUUUUACGUUAAUAUACUUCUCACUAUAUCCUUACGGCUUCUUGGGAAAAAAUACUACAAAAAAUAUAGUAUUUAAAUUCCUUUCAAAUGCCAGAAUAUCAACUUUCAACUUUAUAAGCAUUUCUUUCAAAGGCAACUACCUACUUUUUGUAGGUUUAUUUAAUUUGACUUUCAGUUGACAUUUGGCCGACAUCACUAUAAACAAUGUCGUCGAACAGCACAGAACACCUGGUCGAAUUUCAACGUCUGUGGGAGAUCUUAAAGAAUCUGCAGAAUCUCGAAUUUCUUUACCUAAGCUCGGACAAUCUGCAGGAUGCCGAUGUCAAUGUGGCGGAACGAGCUCGCCGGCUGAAUUUGCUCAGAGGCCAUCUAAUGUAUUUCAAUGAUGAACGCCUUCGCAUCCUGGUACAGUUACGCCAGAAUUUGGCCCAACGCGCUGCCAUGGAGCUAAAUAGUACGAUGUCCCUAAGACAAGAAAUGUUCGAUCUGAGCAACGGACUAUACGAACUAAGCGAUAGGAUGAGCAGUACGUCCGAUGACCAUAACUGUCCCAUUUGUCUUUCGCCAUGGACAUCGCAGGGCAGCCAUCGUGUGGUUUCAUUGCGUUGCGGUCAUCUGUUUGGGAGCCACUGUAUAAAAACUGCCAUCCGGAGGUCACGUCGUUGCCCGAUCUGUAGGCGUCGGGCUCGUUUAAGCGAUGUUCGCAGGAUUUACGGUCGAUGUUAUUCUAUGUAAUAUUGGUGUUCUCUAUAUGCGAAGUUUUACACUUUUUCUUUACUUUGCAAAAUUAUUUAUUUUUACCAAAUUUACGAUUUCAAGUGGUUUGGGGGCAUUUAACCCACACGACAUUUGGAUUGCUCUCAACUUUGUUCUAAAACUGUUAAUAUUAUUGAAUUUAAUUUAUGUAUAAAUACAAAACUAAACAGUAAAGCAGAAUUAGUGUUAAUUAGUGUUACGGGUAAAAUACUUAUUAAGGCGUUUUGCUUAAGAUUAUAGAAUUCAGGCGUGCUCAACGGCUCGCUUUUCUAAAUGCUCUCUUCAUAUGGGUUUGCUCUCCCAUAAGCCUUGAGCACUCGCCGUUCUCUUCCGCUCUUCCAUUAACACUUUUUAGUUUUCUUAUUUCCGUCUCACUCCGUCGCUAACUGUAAUAUAUUUUGUUCUUCUUUUUAGUUCGAUCUUCGAGUACUUGCACUGGGAUUCAUUCCUUAUGACUUCGGUUUCUGCUUUUAGA